AUGACUGCUGUCUCGGCUGAACACAGCGCCGAUGCGACCGGCGAUAGACUUCCCCCCGGCACCUUCAGGCUCAUCGACACAGAUGGCAGCAUGAGAGGCCAGCACGCUGACGGCGAGGGCGAGGACGAUAUCAUCCUGGUUCCGCAGCCAUCGCUGGAUCCUGAAGAUCCCCUCAACUGGACUUUCAGGCGCAAGGUCAUCCAGACUAGCUGCGUUGUUCUUUACACCAUCGUCGUUGCCAUCCCUUCGAGUGCCGUCUACUCUAUCGUCACGCCUCUCAGGAAGGAAACUGAUCUCUCGCUUCAGGACAUCAACAAUGGAACUGGUAUCAUGUUCCUCUUCUACGGCUGGGGUUGUAUCUUCUGGCAAGCCAUUGCCCUUCAAUAUGGCAAACGACCCGUCUACCUCUUCUCCCUCCUUGCCACCAUCGUCAUCCUAGCCACGGCCCCCUUGUGCAAGGAGCCAGGUCCCUACCUCGCCAACCGUAUCAUUCUCGGCUUCUUUGGCUCCCCCGUUGAAUCCCUUUGCGAGAUUUCCAUCGCCGAUAUCUGGUUCACCCACCAGCGCGGCAAGUAUAUGGCCUGGUACGGCUGGUCGCUUGCCCUCUGCGGCAAGCUCGCGCCCAUGUUGAGUGGUUUCAUCAACGUUGGCAUGGGAUGGCAGUGGACGCUGUAUUGGUGUGCUAUUUGGAACGGGAUGGGAUUCAUAUACUGCUUUUUCUUGAUGGAGGAGACCAAUUACGAUCGGAAGCAUGAUCAGCUGCCGCCCCAGCGGGUUGCUGCUGGAAGCCAGACAUCUAUGCAAGGCGGUGACGGGGAGAAGACGGUGACGCUGGACACGACCUCCUCCGACCGUGGUGAAUCUGCUGAGAUCCAGUGGCCGCGCAAGACGUACCUCCAGAAGCUCAGCAUCAAGGACAAGCCUCGUCCGAACCGCCUGCUCGAAAUCAUGAUCGCGCCGUUCAAGGGCUUCACCUAUCCCGCAGUGGUCUACGCUGGUCUCAUGUAUGGAGCAAACAGCCUUGUGUGGCAAGGCUUCCAGAAUGCCACCAUUGGCACCAUCUACACCCUUGAGUACGGCUUCUCAACUGCCGGCGUCGCCGCGGCAUACUCUGGUGGUGUCCUCGGUACUAUUGUUGGUGGCUACUACUGCGGCAAGAUUGGCCCUAUGCUUACUGUUCGCUUGGCCCGGCGCAACGGCGGUAUCUCCGAGCCUGAGCACACCCUCUACCUAUUCAUUGCCUCCAUCGUCCUCGUUCCCACAGCCAUGAUCCUCUACGGCCUCGGCGUGACAUACAAAUGGCACUGGAUGGUACUGGUCAUCACACAAGUCUUCAUGGCCAUGAACGCCGCGCUCUGUGUAGCUGGAGCGCUGAACUACGCUAUCGGCAGCUAUAUGGAGCUGUCCGGCUCUAUGGUGACGACGUGUGUGUUGAUCCGGAACACCAUGUCGUUUGCGACCAACUUUGGAGUCACACCGUGGUUGAAGGCGACCAAUUACAUGGUGGUGUACCUUACGGUGGCUGGUAUCGGCUUGGUGUGGAAUGCGAGUCUGUUCAUCAUGGCGAGGUAUGGCAAGGCGAUGAGGGAGUGGACGGCGCAAAGGUACUGGCGAGAUGUUGAGUAUGCCAGGGCUAAGGGUAUGGGUCACUGA